AAGCUGUACACAGACAGUCAGCUGAAACUCUGAAAGCGCUGUCUUCAUUUGUCCACGUAACGCUGCUAAUGCUAACGCUAACGCUAAGUUCCUCACUUUAACUGCCUCGUUGUGGCAUUGUGACAUUGUAAUUUACAACCUAAAACCGUGUGGAAGAGCAGGACUCCGGGAUAUUGGUGGCAACUUCUGUAACUCGUCACUUCCGGAGACGCGUAACAAUGUUGCUCUGCACUUUUAGCUGAUAAUGAAGAGGCUGAAAGCUGCACUGUUCUGUCUGAGCCUCGUGUUACUGUGUUCCCGGCAUCCUGUUCAUCAUGGCCACUGCUCAGAGCAGAAUCAGCUCGACCUACAGAAUCAGCCGCAGACCGCAUCGGACGUCCCCAAUCACCAGGACGAGUCCGAGGAGAACAGAGCAAAUGACAAGGAUCUCGUAGAGGACUCUCCUGCAGUUUACCCUGUAGGACAUGAAACACAGACAGACACAACAGACGAGCCACAGACUCAGGAAACCACACUGCAAGACAAUGAAAAGACAACUGAUAAGGAUUUUCAGGUGGACGAGGUCCCAGCGGAGGCGACGAUACUCGAGCAUGAUCCAGAGUCUUCCAUUACCCCUGAUGAUGAUGCUGGCUCUCAGAACUCACAUGUCUCCCCUCUUCCUGCUGCAUCUGUAACUGAGAGUGAGACUGUUCAUGUCUCUGAGGAGCUGUCCCCCAGUGCUACUGUCUCACCCGGACCAAGUGCAUGCAGUGACGGUGAUGACUCCUGCUCUUCCUCUCCUGUCAGUCCUGUCUCCCCCACCGCUGCCUGUGAUGCAGGAGAAAACCCUUCAUUUGAUUCAGACCUCAACAGUCUUCCCAUGGUUUUGGAGAACAGCAGCACAUCUGCAAAAGGAAAGAGUGCGAAGGCAAGUUUAGGCCGGGCGAGUCAGGGAACCAAUGCCUCCAGCAUGCUGAAAGAACAGAGCGUUCCAGUAUCAACAGAAACAGAUCCAGCUCUUCCCAGCAAAGACGCAGAAGACAUUCCUACUUUUGAUGAGUGGAAGAAGAUAAUGAUGGAGGUGGAGAAUGAAAAAAGUCAAACCACGCACACGUCCUUUCAAGGGGGCUCUAGUGCUGUUAAGAAAGUGCAGAAAACCACAAACUAUGCCUCUGUGGAAUGUGGCGCUAAGAUCCUGGCUUCUAAUCCUGAAGCAAAGAGCACUUCGGCCAUCCUGAUGGAGAAUGUAGAUGUUUACAUGCUGAACCCCUGCAGCAAUAAGAUAUGGUUUGUCAUUGAAUUGUGUCAGCCCAUUCAGGUGAAGCAGCUGGACAUUGCCAAUUUUGAGCUCUUCUCCUCGACCCCCAAAGACUUUCUAGUCUCAAUCAGUGACAGAUAUCCAACCAACAAAUGGGCCAAGCUUGGGACCUUUCAUGCCCGGGACGAGCGCACGGUCCAGAGUUUUCCACUGGACGAGCAUUUAUAUGCAAAAUAUGUCAAGAUGUUCACCAAGUACAUUAAGGUGGAGCUGUUGUCACACUUUGGGUCUGAGCACUUCUGUCCUCUCAGCCUGCUCAGAGUUUUUGGCACAAGCAUGAUGGAGGAGUACGAGCUGAAUUCUGAGCCCUCUGAGAGACUCAACUUUCAGGAUGAGGACGAUGAUUAUCCUCCUGGAUAUGUUCCAUCCGAUGACAAAUCUUCAAAAAAUCUGAUUGGGUCUGCCAAGGAUGCUAUUCUUAACAUGGUGAACAAUAUUGCUGCUAAUGUGUUGGGUGGAAAUCCAGAAGAUGGAGCUCAGAGUGGAGGCAAUUAUUCCUCCCUGCAUUUAAAUUUGACGGACACAUCAGGAACUCCAGUUCAGACAGUCUCCCCAACCUCAUCCAAGAUUACAAUGGAGAGUUUGGAAGCAGACCAGGAUGAAUUGAAAAAGGUCACCGAGACCCCGUCAGUGACACAGCAUAGAGAUGCAGAUCCGACAGCUCCUUUACCCACCGCCUCACUCUCAGAGACUGCAACACUGUUAGCUCCAGAUCCUGUAGGGACCACACCAAACACAGAAGAUCAGAUUGUUACGUUGCUACCUGAGGAUGAGUCGGUUGAACCAGGCAAGUCCUCCCGCUCUAUACCAGAGGAGGCAGAGAAGGAGACAGCGAAGGCUCCAGAGGAUCAGCAGUACUCAGGAGUGAAGGAAUGUUGGGAGCACACUCCUGACUCUUGUUCUUGUGCUCUUUCACUUAGAGAGUACCUCCUGCAGAGCUGCGUUCCCUUUCCAGCUCGUCAGAGGAAGAAGACAAAAAAGAAAUCUCAAGAAUCACAUUCUCAACCCAGCACUCUACACAAAAGAGAAACCUCAGUCCCAGUCGCAAUCUCAUCAUCCCUGAUGCAAAUGCUCCACACCUGGACUGUCGAAACAACCUCUUCAAUGGAAGCUUCUGUUGUGGUUGUUCCAUCUUUUCCUGAAAGUGAACAUGGGCCUGAAGCUGCUUCUCUGGAUCUUGCACCAAGUCUUACUUCAGCCCUGGUAACACUUACAUACCCUGACAACGUUGCCUCUAGAGCCACUCAUGUUGUGGAUUUUCUGGACCCUUCGGCUGUUGAGAGUUCUGAUUUGAAGCUUAAAGAGAAGAGCAGAGAUAAACCAGUGGAGAGCAAAAAUACUCCCAUUCUCACCUGUAACCUGGAACUGACAUCCAUACCAGUUUUAACCACCGAAAGUGAUGAGAUGGAUCAUGUCCAGAUGUCUCUAUCUGCAGUAGAGAAAUCUACCACUGAAAAGAACACCUUGACACCUAGUAUGAUGACCAGCACCAUGGAUCAGGCAACAUUUACCCCUCUGUCAACGUCCACAGAUCAGUCUUUUGUCCAACCAACCAUAAGCAAGAGUGCAACUCCUGAUGUAACAACGACAGCUGCUCCUGUAACAGAACAUUUAGAGGUGGCUUCAGUUGUCACAGAACCUAAAAGUGAGGAGCUGGUAGAAGAAGCUGUCUUUGGAGGCAACAGUGGCAACAUUCAAUCAGGAACAUAUAGUAAUGGCCAGUCAGGGCAGCCAUCUUCCUCUGACUUCUAUGCUGAAAUCCCUAGCUCCACUGAGGCACCGAUCCAUGGCUCCAACCAGAAGGAGUCAGUCUUCAUGAGGCUAAACAACCGGAUCAAAGCCCUGGAGGUGAACAUGUCACUGAGCGGCCGUUACCUGGAACAGCUCAGUCAGAGAUAUCGAAAACAGAUGGAGGAGAUGCAGAAGGCUUUCAACAAAACUAUCAUUAAACUCCAGAACACUUCAAGGAUGGCUGAAGAACAGGAUCAGAAACAGACCGAGUCUAUACAGGUACUGCAGAGGCAGCUGGAGAAUGUGACUCAGCUCGUUCUUAACCUGUCAGUGCAAGUGAGCCAGCUACAGAGAGAGGUCUCUGACAGGCACAGCUACCUGCUGCUGUCUGUGGUCCUCGGCUUGCUCAUCUGCAUCGUCAUCUGUGUUAAUUACUGUCGCAUGUCAGCUGAGAAUCUCUCGACAGAACCUGGCACAUCCAUACCAGACUCCUACAGCUACUGCUGCCCAGACAGAGAUUCCCCUGGUUAUGAGGAUGUGAACCCAAAGCGAAGAGCAUCCUAUCCAUUUUCACAAUCAUCAUUGCAAAUCGCAACUACUGAAGGUCCAAGUGAAGCAUAUAAUGUAGAAACUCGGAGGAAUUCAACUGGGAGUAAAAAGAAAAAGCGUUGUAAAAUGAAAUCCGGCAGAAAGCCACAGACGAUAACUCCCACACUACUCUCCACCCUAUCAGUCCCCAAUGGAGGAUUGCAGUGUAACCACCACCGUCCUCACAAUCUGGACUUAAAGCUGCCUCCUUGUAGCCCAGGCCCUCCUCCUUUCUCCUUUAGAGAAUCUUCAUCAGAGGGAAGCUCUGAAGACUCCUCCCAAUCAGACGAGCCUUCGUUCUGCGGUAUCGCCUCCUGCAGCCGCCUCUGUGAUUCUCUGCCUGCUCCAAAGAACCGCUCAAAAAAGAGGAGCCGCUUGAAAAAGAGGAGCACGGUACUCAAGCAGCUUCUUCAGCCUGUGGAGUGUAACGGCCCGCCGGUCGCGCCUAAAUUCACCCUGCAUGGCUUAAUCACAGGCUCCACAGAGCUGAGCACGAACAGGCCAGGAGUCCCAUUGCUUCCUAGAAAGAACAAUUUUGACUGACAGUGCUAAUGAUGCUGAUAUCUGUAGCCACUGCUGAUUGGUAGCUACUAGGUAGGCGAAACUGGUAGCUUUAAUAUGUGGUAACCUGUGGUAAUAUGGUUAUUCUGUGGAUGUAGGAAAUAUGCCCACAGGGUUGUGGACACUGGGACAAUCAUCGAUCAUCAUCUGCCUAGCAGAGAAGAAUCAGUCGAAGUCAAAAUCACGACUAAAACAUGAUUUAAAAUGUCCUAAUACACUGCUGUUUUAAGACGGAAAAAAUCAUUUGCAAAGAUUUUAAAUUGGUAAGGCUUACUUAUGCUUACUGUGGGUUUUUAAGAGUUUUAGAGUUUAAAUUUUGGUGUGACUCAGUCAGAAGCAUAUUAUUUCAUCAUUAAUUGCAAAAUGUUGCUAUUUUUUUUUAUAUAAAAAAAAAAACGAAUCAGAAACUAUGUUUUUACUCUGAGUCAUUGCUUAUUAUUCUUUUUGCAAUUGUUAGUUGGAGUUCUGACCGGACGGUCGUGAGUUCAAAUCCCAGCACUGCCAAGCUGCCACUGCUGGGAAUUUGAGCAAGGCCCUUAACCCUCAUCUGCUCAAAUGAAUAAAAUGAGAUGAAUGUAAGUCGCUCUGAAUAAGGGCAUCUGCCAAAUGCCAUAAAAAAAUGUCUGGGCUGUAUUAAACUGUGGAACACAGGAAAGAAACAGACUUCCCAUUCCUGAGCACAGCCAUCAAACAAGAAUAGGGACACUAAAACUAACUACAGUGAAUUAAAGUGAAUUUUCAGAAAAAAAAUCACUAAUUCUCGAAAAAUAAAACCAGUAUAAUAAUUGUAGUGUAUUUCACUUUCCAUAAAGGGAUGACUGUGGAAUGAAUGUCAUUACAUACCACUCAAGUGCAACAGAAAAUUCAUAAAUCACUUCUGUACAAGAAAUGGAAGACUGGAAAUGAUGCUGGAGGUAAAGCAGGUAAUGCACAUUCAGUCAUAGACUAGUAAAUAUAAUGUACCUAUAGCCAAAUCACAGCCGUAAUGAGAUGGAGAACAGCAGCACUCAUGUUUGUGUGAUAUUGCUUAAAUAUACUGUAGCUGCACUAUGCCAUGGACAUUAAUAUUGAGUUGGUCCUACUUUGCUGUUAUAAUAAGCUCCACUCUUCUGGAAGGCUUUCCACUAGAUUUUGGAGCGUGGCUGUGGGGAUUUGUGUUCAUUCAGCCACAAGAGCAUUAGUGAGGUCAGGCACUGAUGUUGGGACGAGGAGGCUUGGGGUGCAGUCGGUGUUCAGUGGGGUUGAGGUCAGGGCUCUGUGCAGGACACUCGAGUUCUUGCACUCCAACCUUCACACACCAUGUCUUCAUGGAGCUCGUUUUGUGCACAGGGGCAUUGUCAUGCUGGAACAGGUCUGGACCUCUUAGUUCCAGUGAAGGGAAAUUGUAAUGCUACAGAAUACAAAGGCCCUAUUUUUAUGUGUG